AUGUCGCAGAAGUUGUUUCCAUGGGAGACUAUUACAUCUGUAGAUGAUGAUGGUACGGAGAGUACAUUGCUAAAUACUGCAAGAACUAGUUUAAUCAAAAAAGUCACACCAGAUAGACACUCACAAACAGCUGAGCAAACAGCUGAAGAAUUACGUGAAUUACGUGAAUUACGUAAAAGUCAAGAUGAUGGCACUGGUAUUACUUUGAUGCAGAAAAUCAGAGAUAUAUUCCCUUUAUUACGACGCAGUAAAGCAGCAUCGGCGCAGACUGUUGCAGAAGCACUUCCAGAAACAGCAGUGAUUACGGAAGGAAAAUCAUUAAAAGAAACAGUAGAGCCGAAAGAAAAGCAGUUAAAUAUAGACGUACGUCAUUUCCGUAGGCCACAUAUUCUAAUUGGGUCGGAUUAUUACUGGUUUAUAAUUUUCAAAGGGAUUAUAGCAUCACUUUGCGUAGCAUUAAAUACCAUUCAUUUAUUACAAGCUGUUGGAUUUCUUCCUUCAGCUUUUACUCUAUUCAAAUUUAAGACAAAUGAUUACAAUCAGUCAAUAACCUUAACAGUUGAUAAUAUCAACAAGUUGAUAGAAGAUCGCGUUGGUUUGGUUGUUCGAUGGAUACCGUAUUCAGAGCAAUAUAAUACUGAAGAAAAAUAUACAAAUUGCCCAAUUCUAAUUAAUAAUUAUCAAUGGUCUGAAUGGACAAAGUUUGGUCAUGGAGAUAACAAAGGUUGUGGCGUUACCAUAUAUGUCCGAUAUUAUCAUCUAAGAAUUUUAAAAACAAUUCGAACUACUGCCAUGAAAGAGAGUCUACAAACUCGCUGUCCAGCAACGGUACAGUACAAACGUGUAUGGAAUUAUGCGUGCUGUCCUGAAGAUGACACUUUUGAACCUCUUGAAAAUUACGCUGAUUUUCCAUACGAUGACUCAUUAUGUAUCGUGAAAUCAAGUUUACGAGUUGUUAGUGCAAGUCAUUUAUCGAAAGUUUGUUCGCAAGGUCAGCUGUGGGCACCAUUACCAAUGGCUGACAUUACAGUAUCCGACUCAUUCUAUCAAAGAAGCAAAAUUGUUAAGAGUUACGAAAUUCAACGUGGUAAGGCUUUGAAUAAUUAUUGGAUUGGUGUAGAACGAGUAAAUGGUACUAGAUGGUUGGUCAAUGGUCAAUUAAUCAACCUUGAUUCUGGCAGAAACUGUGCACCAAAUUGCUAUAAUAUGGUUUUUUGA